ACGCUGAGCGUGCUUGCGUCACGGAAGACGUACACGGAACUGUAGCCACGUCGUCAACAUGAGUGGAGGAACCGGAGAAACAGGAAACGCUUCAUUGACUGCACUUCAUUACGAAUCAUCCACAAAACAACACAUGAUGGCCCAGUUUCAGGAGGUAUCAAAGCAGUCCAGUCUGCACCCUAAGCCUGCAGGGUUGGUUUUGCAGUAUGGCACAGCCGGUUUCAGGACCAACGCCAAACAUCUGGACCACAUCAUGUUCAGGAUGGGACUACUGGCCGCUCUCCGCUCCAAAAAGACCAAAGCCACCAUCGGAGUCAUGGUCACUGCAUCACACAACCCCGAGGAGGACAACGGGGUGAAGCUGAUUGACCCCAUGGGGGAGAUGGUAACAUUGACGUGGGAGGGCUAUGCGACCCAGCUGGCCAAUGCUGAGCAGGACGAUUUGCUCACUGCUCUGACGGACAUUAUAGAGAAGGAAGCCAUAAACAUGAGCCAUGAAGCUAAUGUGUUUGUCGGCAAAGACACCAGAAGCAGCAGUGGCAGCCUUUCACAGGCUGUAUUGGAUGGAGUGUCUGCACUCGGUGGUCACAGAAAAGACUAUGGUUUGGUGACCACCCCACAGCUGCACUACAUGGUUUGCUGUCAGAACACACAGGGUAAAUAUGGAGAAGCCACAGAGGAAGGAUAUUAUAACAAACUCUGCCAAGCUUUCAUUCAGCUCACGAAGAAUGCGUCCAAUUGUACAGAUGACCAGAAGCACCUCUCUAUCGAUGGUGCUAACGGUAUUGGGGCUCUAAAGGUGCGGAGGAUGGAGAGUCACCUGAAGAAGGAGCUGCAUAUAUCCCUGUUCAACGACGGCAGCAAAGGGAAGCUCAACCACCAGUGUGGGGCUGACUUUGUCAAAGUGCAGCAAAAACCUCCAACAGGCAUUCAGAUGAACCCAGGGGAGCGUGGCUGCUCCUUUGAUGGGGAUGCUGACCGAGUAGUUUACUACUACACUGACUCUGAGGGACAGUUUCACCUGCUGGACGGAGACAAAAUCGCCACUCUCAUCAGCACCUUCCUUAAAGAGCUGCUCACACAGGCUAGUCUAGACUUGAAGAUAGCAGUGGUGCAAACCGCUUACGCUAAUGGAAGUUCAACACGCUAUCUGGAAGACACUAUGAAGGUAAUAGUGAGGUGUACUAAAACUGGAGUGAAGCACCUUCAUCAUGCAGCCCAGGAGUUUGAUAUCGGUGUGUACUUUGAGGCCAAUGGUCAUGGAACUGUGUUGUUCAGUGAGGCAGCUGAAGAGAAGAUCCAGCAGCUAGCCAAGAACCCCAGCGCCGACGACGAGAGGAAGAGAGCGGCUCUCUUGCUGCAGAACACUACAAACGUGAUCAACCAGACUGUAGGUGAUGCCAUUUCUGACAUGCUGCUGAUUGAAGCCAUAUUAGCCAUCAAGGGUAUGACUAUCCAGCAGUGGGACGCCAUCUACAGCGACCUGCCAAACAGGCAGCUCAAAGUCAAGGUGUUGGAUCGUAGGGUGAUUGACACAACAGAUGCAGAGAGACGGGCGGUUAGCCCUGCAGGACUGCAAGAGGCCAUCGACAGUUUAGUGAAGCAGUACAGACAGGCCCGCUCCUUCGUGAGACCCUCCGGCACAGAGGACGUGGUGAGAGUUUACGCCGAGGCAGAAACACAGGAGAGCGCCGAUGACCUGGCACAUGAAGUGAGCCUUGCAGUUUAUCGUCUGGCUGGGGGAGUCGGGGGUGAACCUAAGCUGUUGCACUAGAAACAGAUACAAAAUCCCACAACAUGGAUCAAUCAAUCGGUGCUUUAUGAAGGCAGUCAAUAACAUCAUUUUCUAAAGUUUGAAUUUAUCAAAAUUGCUUGUUUUCGGUGAGGUGCCAAAUUAUUUUGUGCUGUCAAUUGCACUGCUCUAGUUUUCUUUUGCUUUAUAUUUGCCAUGUCAUUGGAAGAUAUGGGACACACUGGGGGAGACAAUGAAGGGGUUUUAUGCUACUUUGAGGAAUCCUACACUUGUUUUUGUAUUUGAAACAGGCUGUCUUGUGCCUGUAAACUAUGGGUUUCUAUGUGAUGUAAAUAAGCUACUUUACUGUAUAUAUGUCAUAAUUAAAACAUUUCACACACAAAUUAAAAAAGGUUUUAAUGACUGUUUCGAUUAAAUGUAGGUUAUAAUGUGGUACUUCCUACUAAACUGAAUCUUUUUGAAAGUUA